AAACUCAUAUGAUAUAAUGAAUGGAAUCCGUUGAUUUAGAAACGCUAUAUAUUGAAACAUGUGCUAAGGCAUUGAGUUGACAAACCUUCUUUAACAUGGCAGCAUCCAGUUUCGCUCUCCUCUUGUGUUUAGCUAUUUCAGGCGUAUUAGCCGAUGAACAUGAAAAUACCGAAACAGAUUUGAGAAGGGCCUUGUUUAUAAACUACGAUAAGCUGGUGAGACCAGUCAGACAUGUAAACGAUGUCAUUCCAGUGCACGUGGCUUUGUCUCCUCUAAGAAUCAAGGAUGUAGAUGUGAAAGACAAAACUGUGAAACUAGAUACCUGGCUUUAUGUUAGAUGGGAAGAUGCGUAUUUGAGAUGGGACCCUUCUGAAUAUGGUGGACUAGAUCAAUUAUCCAUUUCUGCCGAUGAAGUAUGGAGACCUGAUAUAGCAUUAUACACAGCAUCUCCCGAUACAUCUUUAUUUCCAACUGUUCUCACGAAUGUCGUCAUCUUUCCCAAUGGCACAGUGUUGUGGGUUCCUCCUUUCACAUUCAAGUCUAGGUGUCCUCCUGUAGAAAAUCAAGUGACCGAAAAUACUUUCCAAUGUAUUAUCGAAAUGGGCUCAUGGACUUAUGAUGUGAGGAGAGUAACCGUGCAGGAACGUGAACAGGAUGUCCUGCAGGGAAUGGCAAGAGAAACCUUUAAAGAUACCGACGAAAAGUGGACAAUCGAAACAAUGGUUGCUCACAGUGAGCAAAAAUUGUACAGCUGCUGCCCGGAAAGAUAUUCUCAUGUAAAAUUUGAUCUACUGCUCAGAAAGAAGCCUCGCAACGACGAUUAAGUAUAUGCAUCUGUUUGCUAACUAUGACCUUCAAAUCCCUCGAAAAUUACAGAGGAAAUUCAAUCUUCGUCUUCGAAUGUGUUGAAAAUGCUUUUGUUGACGUGAAUUGUGGAAAAUUAAAAUUUACUGUAUAUCAUUAUGAAGCAGCAUUUCUGUAUAUUUCAGAUUUCAUAUUGUUUCCAUAUACGUGUAAUAAAACAUUGAGAUGUA